CAAGAGCAAAGAGCAGCCCCAAAAACAGACAGAGAGCGAGGGGAAAAGGGCUUCCUACUGGCACAGAAUAUGCACUGGCAAAAAUCUUCUACACUUGAGCACCCACCCCUGCCACGCCCCUAUCAAGGUGUCCGUGUCAAAGAGCCAGUGAAAGAGCUUCUGAAGCGAAAACGUGGAAGCGUUCAGAACACAAACGUGGCUGCAGGAACCACGGUGUUUUUCCCCCAUCAGCCUCUUCCAUCUUAUGCACCCGCUGGUCAGGCCUGCACGGAAUCAGACUUGGUGGCUUCUUCAUUGCCCAUUACUGACGAAACGUCACUCUACUCGGGGUGGCUGGCACAGCCCGUGCCCACCUCUUUACAGCCUUUGACCCAGUGGACCACCUACCCCGAUUAUGUGUCUCACGAAGCAGUCAGCUGUCCUUACACGGCGGAUAUGUAUGUUCAGUCCAUGUGCCCCAGUUAUACGCUUGUGGGAACAUCUUCAGUACUGACCUACGCAUCUCAGCCACUGAUCACGAACUUUGCGGCGAGACCCUCCACUCCGGCUGUGGUGCCUCACCUGGACGCAAUGGACCAGCAACCGCCCCUGAGCUACUUCCCGUGGACUCAACCCAUCUCAACGUUGCCAGCCCCUUCUCUUCAAUACCCGCCCGCUUCGACUGCCCUCCCAGGCCCCUCCCAGUUUGUUCCUCCUCCUGUUUCGGUGCCUGAAACAGUCCCCCAGGAGCUGGAGGAUCCGCAGAAGGAGAUGGGCACGCUGACCAUCGAGAAGCUCCUCUUGCAAGACGAAAACAACGGCGCCUACGAUUUAAGCAACAGUCUCCCCGUUGAAGGACUUUAA